CAGCGGACCUGGAGCGUUACCUAGGAGACGGUGUACAGAGCGGAGGGAGGCAGCAGCAGGCUAACAUGCUAACGUGCUAACUAGUCGGUUACCGGACAGCUGAAUCACCGUGUUACAUAUUUCAAAUCACCGUGUUACAUAUUUCAAAUCACCGUGGACGUUAAAAGGCCCGGUGUCACCGUCUGCCGCCGUUAGCCAGCUAGCAUGGCGGCAGCGGCGUCCAGCUAACGAGGCGAGAUUAGCGGUUAGCACGCUAACCAGUCACCGAAGCUAACGUGCUAACAUAAACAGUGUCCGAUAAUACACGCCUGUACCGGUUAGCACCGAGCUAACAGCCGGGAUGGAUGUGAGCUAACAGACCGUGGUGGUCUGACCCGGAUCUGAGCUGCUUCUCUGGACGGAACCGAGCCGAGGGGUUCAUCCCAGCGACAGCCUGGUCCUCCCGGGCCGGGGAACGGUCAGACCCGGACUCUAGAGGAAAUGCAGCGGACCGGAGGACGGAUCCACAUCCCGAGUCCCGUUAGCCGUUUAUGAACAGGAUGGACGUGUGCAGUAGGAACCCGAACCGCACGGCGCCGGUCGGCGAGGACGGCCCGCACCGAGCCGACGCGCCGCUCUGCUCUCGGACUAACGGCUGGAGCUGGCCCCCCCAUCCCUUCCAGCUGCUGGCCUGGUUGCUCUAUGUCUACUUCGCCGUCACCGGCUUCGGCGUGUUCGUUCCCCUUCUGCCCGCCCACUGGAUCCCUGCAGGCUAUAUCUGUACGGGCGUCCUGUUCGUCUGUCACCUGUGUGUCCACGUGAUGGCCGUCUCCGUCGACCCCGCCGACUACAACGUCCGAACGAAGAGCGACAGAAGUCCAGUCCCCGCGUUCGACCGCACUAAGCACGCCCACGUCAUCGAGAACUGCCACUGCUACCUCUGCCAGGUCGACGUCGGUCCGAAGUCCAAACACUGCAGUGCCUGUAACAGUGUUGCCAACUUUGACCAUCACUGUCGGUGGCUCAACAACUGUGUGGGGAGCAGGAAUUACAAGUUGUUCCUCCACAGCGUGAUCUCGGCUCUGUUGGGGGUCUGUCUGGUUCUGGUCGUUGCCUCCUACGUCUUCAUUGAGUUCUUUCUGGACCCGUCCAAACUCCGCACUGACAAACACUUCCUGGUGAGGAACGAGACAGGUGUGUGGUUCGUCUUCCUGCCGGUGGCUCCCCUCAGGUCAGCAGCAGCAGUGAUUCCGGUUCUGGCAGCUGUCACCAUCGCUCUGGGUCUGCUGUCGUCUGUGCUGCUCUGUCACCUGCUCUGCUUCCACGUCUACCUGAUGUGGAACAGACUUAGUACCUAUGAAUAUAUAGUGCGCCAGCGUCACCGUCAGGACCGCAGAGACUCAAGGAAACCAGGAUCAGUGAAGGAGACAGCGGCUCCAUCGGUCAACCUUGUCAAGGACGUGAACUACUCAGGGACUCUGGGUUACACCAACCCUCAGCUGGACAUGCAGGAACCUACCACUGUGGCUGUGCGGGGAGAGGCAGAGUUCCAGGCUAACGGCCGAGCGAGGACUGUGUCCACUCCUGUCAUGGAGGAAGAAUCUCCACCCACGGUGUCUACAGAGCCAAAAGCAGCAGCACACACACACCGACGCACACAGAAAAAGAAGGUCCGUAAAGUUCCAGCAGCGGUGACCAGAGAACGCUGCCCGAGCACAGCCCCGCCCCCCGCAGAAUUCAGCACUGUGUCCACUGUGUCCCUGGGUCAGCGACUUCCUUUCCCAGCGUUCCCUUUGAGGGCCUCCCUGCCCCCCCUGGCCCCCACCUUGGGCCCCAUGCAGGCCGCUGCCCCUCCUGCUGAGUACCACUCGGACUCGGCGGAGUCUCUGGAGGAGAUCCCUGUGGUGCUGGCCAAACUGGGCUCUUCAUCCUCUGCUGCCGGAGACGCCUCCUCAUCCUCACACAGAGCCGUCCCGGUCUUCCCCCUGCCCUCCCCCCACCUCAGGACUAAGAGGAAGGCCUCCUCCUCCCGCGCAAAUAAAAGCGCAGCAGUGCUGAGGUUUGAGAUGGCCUCCGCCUACCCCCCCACGGCGUUUGUCAGCCGAGCCAGCGGAGAGGCCGCCGAGCCCCGGGAGGGAGGCCUCAGUCUGGGCAGGAAGCAGACUGCCUCCAAGCCCGGAUCCAGACCAGCAUCUCGGGCGUCUCUGGGUUCGGGUGCGGCCUCCUGGAUGGAGCUUUAACCCGAGCACACUUUAUUUUCUAUCUCUGACUAUUUAUUGGUUCUGACCUUUUCCUUUGAACGCCAAAGCUCCGUCUGCACAACCUUUAGAUGAUUUAUAUUUAUAAAAGCUGGAAACCUUAAAGCUGAACCGAGUCUCCAUGGUAACCCAGGGCCAGACGACAUCACCUCCUGUCCAGCUUCAGUUCCACAACACAGCAACAAUAAUGCUAAUGCGUAGCAUGCACAUGAGAC